UUAUUAUUUUUAUCAAAUUUAGAGCUAUUUAGGCAACAAGGUGUCGUUAUCAGCUGUUGAUAUUUUUAAAAUUUAUAGCAGUAUGGCCUCACAAAGAUUAAUAAGGACUAGCUCUAGAAUAUUGUUGUACUGUCAAAGUAAAACAAAACCACCUUGUAAUCAAUUAUUGGAUCAAUAUACAUCUUCAAGUUAUAGAUACUUACAUCAAAGUUCCAAACUUUUAUGCAAUGACAACUCAAAGUUGUCACCAUCAAGUAGAAGCAAUGAGCAAGAAAUUGACUAUUUCCGGAAGUUGGUCAGAGACUCAAAAGAUACUUCAAAUAAUAUUAUGCUUCAAGACAAACAAGAUCAAACAGAUGACAACCCAGAAGAACACACAGUGAUGUCACAUUCAGAAAAUCAACUAACCACACAUUUGCAAGGCAGUGAUGAUAUAAUAGUGGAUGAUGAAAACCAGAUUGAUAUCUCUAGCUUAAGGCCAGCCCCUAAACCAAUAUCUCUCAACCUAGCCCCAUAUGUAAAUAACUCUGAAACCUUAUCAUCUUUAGUGAAACUUGGGGUUGACUUAUCAAAGCUAGAAAAAGCUCCAGAUGUUGCUGACAAGCUAGUCCAGAAAGAUUUCGAGCGAGACAUCAAGCCUUACAUAAUGUUCCUGAAUGACAAUGAUGUGCCUGCCAAAAAAUUAGGAGUAUUUAUAACAAAGAAUCCUCGUAUAUUGAACCAAGACUUGGAACAUUUACAGACAAGAAUCAACUACUUGGAGUCAAAGAAGUUCACUAAGGCAGACAUUGCCACAAUACUACAGAAGGCACCCCUCUUUCUCAACUUUACUACAUAUGUGGUGGACAGGAAACUAGGUCAUCUUCAGAAGGAAUUUAAACUUACAGGUGCACAAGUCCGUCAAGUGACAACUCAUUGUCCAAAGUUAGUUACAUGGCCACUUGAUCAGCUAAAGCACACUACGUUACAACUCUCAGACUUCUGUGGAUUCACUGGAUCUGAGCUGAAGGAAAUGUUGCUCUUACAUCCUAAGCUCUAUUUAACUGCUGAGAGCCAUCUACUAGAGAGAUUUGACUAUGUACAUAAUACAAUGAAUAUAUCACAUGAACUCAUAUCAAAAUACUGCAGAGUUUUACGGACUAGGCUUAAAAUUAUCAAAUCUCGUCAUCUAUUUCUGAAAAGCCUAAAUAAAGAUCAGUACGAUCCUACCAAACCUAACUACAUCUCACUGCAGGCCAUUGUACUUCCAUAUUUGGACAAUUUAUGGUGCCGUGAUAUUGCUGAUGUUCCAGUGCAAGAAUAUAAUGACUUUUUGAAGACCCUGUGAGAAGACAGUUUAAGUGACAAAGGAUAAUAAGGAUCAGUAUGGAUGUGCAGGUGUUGCAGUUCUCUAACAUGACCCUUCUACAGUUUUGGUGUUCCACUAUACAUAAUAAUGAAAAAUGCUACCUGCAGUGAAUGGUUAAAAUUUAGUGAAUUUUUCCAAAUGGAUGAAUGCAAUGUAAAACUCCAUUCGGAUACAACUGGAUGAUCUGGUUGAUUCAUAGUUUCCAAAGUUCUCCCCGUGAGUUCUUAGAAGAUGAAAAUUGCACAAAAUUCAAAUACUAUAUAAGUAACGUAUGUAAUAAAAUAGAAAACCCAGGUUCUUAGAGGUUGAGUAUCAAAAUCUUCUAAAAAUGAGUCUUCAGUGAGAUUUCAAAGCUAUACAGUAUAGCAAAUGGAAAAUUAUAUGGCAGUAAUCAAUGUACAGUGUAAAUAUAUUUCUUAUAAUUAUUAAAGAGAAUCAGAUCUAACAGGCAUGUCUAUCUUCACCAAUUUAUAACAUAUCAUGAAUCUUUUUUGAGAUAUUGUA